AAUAUCGUGAAAAUGGCAGCGCGAUUAUUGAAAGAUCCAGCAACGGCAAACUGUCGUGUGUUUGUUGGUCACCUGCAGUCCGAAGACAUCAGUAAAAUGGAGUUUGAACAGCACUUUUCAAAGUACGGUAUGGUUAUUGGAUCAUUAAUAAAUCGUGGCUUUGGAUUUAUACAGUAUGAAAAUGAAAGUUCUGCCCAAGCCGCUAUACAGAACGAGAACGGGCAAAUGUUUAAGGGAAGAAGGAUUGAUGUUAAGCCCGCUAAGAAAGACAGUAGUGGGGGAGGAGGUGGUGGAGGUGGAGGUGGAGGUGGUGAUCAGAAGAAUAAUUUCUCAUCACCCCGUGGUGGCGGUAAUCAAAGCUUCAAUCAGAAAAAUACAAGCUUUAAUAAUUUAAAUUGCGACACUUCGUUUGACGAUAACGAUAACAAAAACUCGGGUAAUUCGGGUCACGAUGGGUUUAAUUCCAAUGAUAACAAUAAUCCUGAUGAUGACAAUGUCAAUGAAUACCAACAAUUUAAUUCAAACCAAAAUGAUUCGUUUAACAACGGCAAUAGUGGAGGCAACCAAAAUCGACCUGGUAAUAAUAAUAACAAUAAUAAUAAUAAUAAUAAUAAUAAUAACCGUAAUCAAGGACAAGCUAAUCCUCGACAACGUGGAACUCGCGGUGGAAAGAAUAGAAACAAGAACCGGGCUGGGGGCGGGGACAAUUCAGGAAAUUUCCGAGAUCGCAGUCCACUGAAUCGCGGCCCGAUGAACCGUGGUCCUGGAGGUCCAGGAAACGACGAUAAAAAUAACCGGGGUGAUUGGGGUGACCACAAUAUGAUGCGUAAUAAUUUUAACCGAGACAAUUUCAACGACAACAACCGUUUCGAUGAUCGAUUCAAAGACCCAAUGGGCAUGGGAGGAGGAGGCCCGGGUCUUGGUAUGGGUCUAGGAGGUCCUGGUAUGGGACUCGGUAAUCCCGGUUUAGGUGGGCUUGGUGGUUCUGGUCCGGGGCUUGGUGGUCCAGGACCUGGUGGGCCUGGUAACUUUGGUAGAAUGGGUGGGCCAAGUGAUUUUCCCAUGCCUCAAGCUGCUCCAACUAUGGAGAAAAAUGACUGCGAAAUUAUUGUCGUUCAUAAAAAUUUGACUGAGUACGCUGAAGCUAUUGAAGCGCGUCUAAAAAAGAUGGGACUUACUGUCGAUCUUCUAUUUCCUAAUGAAGAAGUGCCACUGAGUCGUGUGCUUGGUAACAUUGCCAAUCGUGGGUGUCUCUAUGCUGUCGUUAUCAUGCCAAUUAACAUGGAACAUCAUUCAUUGACUCUGAAUAUUCUUCAUGGAUUACCUCAAGAGCACAGAAACAUGCCAACAGAAGACGCAUUGGCAUUAAUUGGUCGUGACUUUAGUAAUUACAAAUCUGGUAGUCGCGGAGUGCCAUUUAAUACGCCAUUUGCAAGUGACAGACACCCAGACGCGAUUCAAGUUCUCCUCAAUAUGUUGGCAGACAAUCACCAGCUGACUGUAUCACAGUACGAGCGUGUAAUAAAAUACCUUGAAGUAAAGCGCGAAGAACAAGUACAAGUUGAGUUGGGAGACGCUAAAGAUUUGGCUGGAAAUUCUUUGGCUGCUAACGAUCCAAAGCAAGCUGAAUUGCAGUCCAGAAUUUUAAAUAUAUUAAACAGUAAUAAAACAAAUGCUCCGGUACCAAGUCCUGUACCAGCACCGGCGCCAGUACCAGCGCCACUUUUGCCAGUACCAACAACAGUGACGUCAUCCUCAACUUCAACUACUGGAACAGCGGCAGUAACUCCAUCGCCGCUGCUGAAUGAUCCUACAGUACAAAAAGCUCUCGACAGUCUUCUUCAAGGAAACUUAUUGAAAACCGAUCGACCAAUUGCUUAUUUUUCCUGA